CACAGGCAAAUCCCAUAUCUCCACACAAGGAAUCCUAAAAUCCAGAGUCAAGUCUAAAUGUCUCCUUCUUAAUAAGGUAUGAGUCUUGGGGAAGGAUGCAGGACGAUGGAUACGCCAGUUGCAGUUCUUUACUGGAAGAAGAGGAGGCCAACCAAGGCGACCAAGCGCAAGCAAUAUCUGCCCCUGUAGCCCGUUUGUCCUAUAGUGGUGGGAGAUUCAAAAAUGGGGCAGUUGGGCUGUGCAAUAUUGGGGUACUCAACUGUCUCAAUCCCCUGCUGCAAACUCUGUACAUGAACCAGCACUUUACUGACAUACUAUGUGGGAUUGGGCGCCCAAAUGACAAUAUCCCUGCAGAGAGGAGGCUGCCGUAUCAGCUGCUGGCCCUGUUUGAGGAGAUGCAAAAGAGCAAGGAAGAUGCUGUCGCCCCCUAUGGAUUCCUACGCUGCUUACAGAUUCUUGACAUAAGAUUAUUUGAACAACAUGAUGCUGCCGACCUCCUGUUUGCGCUGUGGAAUUUACUUCUUCAACAGAUGCCCCACCCACACCUGGCAAAGAGACUGAGGACACUUUAUUCCAUCAAACUUAAAGAAUUCAUGACGUGCCACAAGUGCUCCCAUGAAAAGUCCAGUGAUAUGGAAGUCCUGACAAUUCCAUUACCAGUUCCCCACUCCAAAUACCACGGGACAUUGCCCCUGCAACGGGCGCUCUGGAGGUUCUUUAAGCCACAAGAGAUAAGAGAAGAGAAUAAAAGCUUCUGCCCAAAGUGUGAGGAAACCACAGCAGGACAGAGGGUUCUCCGGUUCCUGUGUCUUCCUCAGACUCUGACAAUACACCUGAAACGCAUCAGCACAAGAAAGUCCAACCAAUUACAGAAGAUAAACAGAACAUUGUCUUUCCCGUCCACACUAGACUUGAGUGAUGUGCUGGAUCAGGAGCAGUUCCCAGAACAGGAACAUGCUCAGUCAGAAUUCAAGUACAGACUUUUUGCUGUUAUCGCCCACUCCGGAACAGCCAGCUACGGUCACUAUUGUGCCUAUAUCAACAGCUCAAAGGACAAGAAGUGGUACUGCUUUAAUGACUCCAGCAUUUGCAAGGUAUCCUGGGAUGAUGUGAAAUGCACCUAUGGAAACAUGGACUUUCACUUUGGUGCGACAGCCUGUCUAUUAGUCUAUACACAGGGAGAUGAGAAUUAGGGACGCCAAUGCUACAGGAUGACAUACAAAGUCCCAAUCAAUUCAGAACACGGAAUCCGUCUUGAAUUAUCCUGGUUCAGGGAUAAAUACGUAAUGAAGCUGCUAAUCACCAUUCUUUUUAUAUGGAAUGUAAAUGUGAAGCCAAACAACUGAAUUGUCAACUGAAAUGUCAACAUCAGAUACUGAUACCUGGAAAUGAGACUUUCCGAUUGGUCGCUAUGAGUUACUAGAUGUGGAGCUAAGCUCCUACCAUUGGUUCAGAUACUCGCUCUUAGGAAGUGACAUCACUUGGAUUGUGAAAACAAAAGAAGAAAACUUGAGAGGACCCCUGGCUACAACCAUUGAACCCUUGUAUCAAAGGCCGCAAGACAAAGCCUUCCUUUAAGAGAUGCCAUUAUACAUCCAUCAUUUUCUUCAGGGAUGUUUAACCCAUGGGUCAAGCCCAAAAACAGGUCAUUAGGUUGGGUCUCCAGGAUCCCUCUAAAUAGUGUAAAAUGCCUUUAUAAAACAGAACAUAAUUAUUAUAACAAGGUACUUAUCUAACUGAGAGCCAUUUUUGGGUCACAAAGCUCAUUUUGGGCCAAUAAAAAAAGAACAGGCUCAAGCCUCAUGUUAAAAUAUAGGCAAGGUUGACUGUUACCCCAAUGUUUCUAUAUAUCUGUAACCUUGUUAUGAGCUAAGGGGGCCCAGUCUGAAGGACAGU